AUGGGCGAUGUUGCUGGGGGACCGAGCCCUUCGAAUGGCAAUCGACAUUGUUGCCAAAACGGUCAAAAGAACCUCCAGCAGGUUGAACAAGUCAUGGCAAAACUCUCCGACGAGCUGAACGCUUUGAAAGAUGAGGUACGAGACCUUUGCCGUUAUAUGACCACUACAGCACCUUCGGAUGCAAUUCUGGACAUCAAGACGCAGCUCCAAGAACUUCUCAAUCGAAGUCCUUCACUUCCUGAUGAGCUUCUUCCUGGCGACAAUCCAACACUCAGAUAUAUUCUGGCAGAGGAUUCAGAUGUGAGACUCAUCGAGGAUCAAGGCCUGACCAAUUCCAAGAUUUGUGAACGUCUGCGCAAACUCCCAGGUAGUCACUGGCAAAGCAUUUCUGCUGCAACGCUGCUGAAGCCAAAGGUGGCCAAUCGCAACAGCAACCUCCGCCCAUGUAUUUUGAUUGACGUCAAAUCAUGGGAGUCUGACGAUGCAAUCCGGAAACAGUCUGCCGCGAUAGGCAAAGAAUUCAGUUUCUCGACUAACUGUUGGCUCAUCGAGCCUCGAUACACCGUCGAGGUCCGAGACAUCGCUACUGACCUCUUCAUCAAGAAGAACUAUAGCCUGAAGCAAAUCGCUAGGCAAAUGCGGUUCGGAGAGCUUCCCGUCACCGCGAGGGUUUCAUACGAUAGACUCCUUCUGGACACUUCAGACCUUAGUGUUGCCCUGCACCUCUCUAGAGAACCCAUCGCCAUCAUGGGAAGGCAAUAUGAUUGCAUACCUUUCCCCGCCCAAGGCACUCCGCUAUUCUGUUACAACUGCUGGUUCCCCGAUCACUUCCAAGAAGCCUGCCAAUACGAAAGCGUGCGAUGCGGUCGUUGUUCCGAGGCCCAUCACACCAAAAACUGUUCUUCACAAAAGCAAAAAUGCUGUCUCUGCGGCGGCGAUCAUCCAACAUGGGACUCGAGAUGCACAGACAUACGAUCGAUCAGACAGCAUGACAGCUCCUCCAAGUUCCGAAAGGCCGGGCCCCACUGGGCUAGCUUACUGCGCAACACAGGCACCAAUGACUCCGCAAACAAGGAAACACCAAAUGGAACUAAACAAGCAACAAACAGCAAGAAAGCGAAGUCUUCCCCAUCCAUUAAGCAGGCCUCCAAGGCAAAGGCUCCAGCACCAGUAAAUCCCUCUCCAUCCGAGGAAACAACAACGAAGAAACGAGGCAGGCCGCCCAAGUCUGCAGAGAUUGAUCCAAAACAAACUACCCUCAAUUUCGGAACUCGAAUCGCAAGCCUCCCAGCCGACAAGCCCGUCAGCGAACAUGAACAUACUGAUGAUGAUUCGGAUGCGUAUAUGGAAGAAGUGCCUCUUGGGUCUCCACAGGAAACAUCGCUCGAGGAGGAUGUUGAGAUGGCAGACACCAGCCUUGCACCAAUUCCAGUAGAGAUCCGCGACGACCCUGAUCAGCAGAUCCAAGUCCAUAUGGCCGAGGACAGGGGAGAUCCUUCUCUUCCUGUAGAUCUCAUCCAUGUUGAACUUGGCGUCAUCGACCGUUCUUUUAAUAAGCCCGUGCCCGAGGCACCUGUACCCAAGACGGCCACGCCUAAGGCCAGCGCCUCGAAUGCCCUUGCAGUAAAGCCUACUACUGCUCCGAAAGCGGCCGCCCCGAAGGCCCUGGCUCCGACGACUCCCGCUUCGAACGGACGUGAAGUAAGGCCUGCCGACCCAAAGAAGAACGCGCCAAAGGCUGUUCCGCAGGAACCUUCCCCGUCGGCUGCCGUUAAGAUUGCGAGCGACGAUGGCGGCGAUGUCAACGACGAUAACAAGAACAAGAAUAAAAACAACAAGAACAAGAACAAGAAUAAGGAGCAGGACAAGAAUGGCGAGGAUCACAACGGGAAUGUCACGAGUGGGAACCCGUCAGUUGGGAAUGCCGGGGAUCCUAUCGAUGUGGAGGAGAAACAAGUCGAGACCACAGGCGAAGAUAAGGGCGUCGGCUGCAUUUCCAAAGCACUGGAGGAAGAGAAACUUGGGGAUGAGGCGAAGCGCUCUGAUGAAGCAGUACCUUGUGCGCAGCCUGGUCCGAAGCCUGGUAAUGCGAACCGCGGGAUGAGUAAGAAUCAGCGAAAAAAGGAAAGGGCAAGACGACGCGCAGCGGCUAAACUAGCCAAAAUAUCCUUAUCCCUCCCAUCCCCAGCAUCUUCUCUCCAGAAAACUCGGUCUGUGGUUUCUAGCGAGACGUCCCCUCUCCAUCAGACAGUGGCGGCGACAGAUACUGCUGCUAUUGACCAUGCUGCGACGGACGCUCCUACGAAUGGCACUGUUGUGAGCGAUUCUGCUGUGAUGAGUACUUUACCUGAGGAACGCCAUGAAUUAUAUCCUUUGCCCCAGGCGUUGCCUGCUACUGACACUCCCGAUCAGAACACCGUACUUAGGGGUUCUAGCGAGGCGCCCUCUCUGCCUUUAGCCCCGCAUUUAACGCAUUCUGCUGCAACGAAUACUGCUACCCACGACACUGCACCAACCGAUACUACCGCGACAGAUACUUGCGCGACCGGUACCAUUACAGCCGACACCACUGCAUCGACCGAUACUGCAUCAACCGAUACUGCAUCAACUGACACUAUAUUGACCGACACUGUAUCGACCAACACUGCCGCGACCGAUCCCACUGCAACGAAUACUACUACGACCUACAGUGAUGCGAUCGAGACUACCCCCAUAGCAGAUGCUCCCACGUCAGGUGCUCCUCAUAAGGACACUCUAACAGAGGAUUCUAGCGAACAACCCCCUCUCCCUUCACAAUACUCUGCCAGUCCUGAUAUACCUAGGCCCUCUGUUGAGACUCAGAUCUUCGAGGGGCUCAGCAAGCAAGCAAGUGGUAUUGAAGACGCAGAGAAUGGCGCAGAAGCAAGUAAAAGGGAGGGUUCCCCGUCGUUACCAGAAAGCCAACCUAAGAAAAAGCAGCGUUCGCGAGGCGCUAAUAGGGAUAAGGAUACGGAGGACGAUGUCGAUCAUGGAGAACCAGAUACAGUGAAGGAACGGCAACCCGCAGUAGCUGGAAGCGAGGUCUCUAGUUUUUAG